GCUGGUGUGGUCUGUACAGAAACCCUCCCAGAGCCCACCAUCUCCUUGUACAGUAAUGAGGUUACCUGGGGUCAGGACGUCAGAAUCAAUUGCUCAGUCUCAGAUAAGUUCUCAGGUGGAACUUUUAUCCUCCAGAAGACUUCAGGCUCAUUCAGUCAGACGAAACCAUCCUUUAUGAGCUCUGUUACAUUCAAUCUUCAAAAUGUGAACUUUGAUCAUGAUGGACUGUACCAGUGUCAGUACAUGAAAAUAAGUCGAAGGUUCAGCUCUUCCCCUGUCAGACUCACUGUGAGACUGCAGACACCCAGCAUCUCCCUGACCUCUCCUAGUGCAGGUCUGGUCUGGGGUCCUGAAGGUGCAGAGAUCACCAGAGGUUACAGUUUUGUCUUCACCUGCUCUGUUAACUUCACAUUUUCCAGUGGACGAUUCAUCCUCAUCUUCUCUGACUCCAACAUCCCAGACAGCAAGCCAGCAGUCAACAACUCAGCCUCCUUUAGUUUCCCUGUAGCUGAGUAUGAACACCAAGGCAACUACAGCUGUGUGUAUGUCACAGUGUCCACACAGACAUUGAGUUCUACUGCAACAGCACCCAUUACUGUCAUCAUUAAAUUGAGACUGCAGACACCCAGCAUCUCCCUGACCUCUCCUGGUGCAGGUCUGGUCUGGGGUCCUGAAGGUGCAGAGAUCACCAGAGGCUACAGUUUUGUCCUCACCUGCUCCAUUAACUCCACAUUUUCCAGUGGACGAUUCAUCCUCAUCUUCUCUGACUCCAACAUCACAGACAGCAAGCCAGCAAUCAACAACUCAGCCUCCUUUAGUUUCCCUGUAGCUGAGUAUGAACACCAAGGCAACUACAGCUGUGUGUAUGAAGUCACAGUGUCCACACGGACAUUCAGUUCUACUGCAACAGCACCCAUUACUGUCAUCAUUAAAUUUCCUCGGAUGCUGCUGGUCUCGUCUGUAGUUCCUGUGGUCCUGUUGCUCCUGCUGGUCUUGUUGGUGGUCUUACUGGUGCUCAGGAGAAGGAGGCAAACACAGCAGGCCCACAUCCACACCACAGUGACUCUAAAAACCUGUAAUGAAGAAGAUGACAUCAGUGACGAGGAGAGGAUCUAUAUGAAUGUUGAGACACUGAACACCUACAGGAAUUUUACCAAACAAACAGGAAGAGCGAAGAGAGAGGAAACAUAUGAGAAAGAGAGAAAAAUGGAAGCAGACGAAGAACAAAGCAGCGGUGAUGAAAAUGAUCAUGUAUAUGUAACACAGAUGUUUGCUGAACAAACUGUCGACCUUUAUGGAGAACAAGAGGAUAUUUAUCAAAACAUUUAGAUUUAUAAGGAUUAACAUCGAUCCAUUCAGAUUAACACAGUCAGAAUAAUAUUUAAUACAUUUUAAGAUUGGAAGCUAGAGGCUCCAUGAUUGAUCAGAACAUUGCAGCUUUUCUGGCUGGUCAUCAGUGUAAAUAUUAUGGGGGGAACUAGUUUAUCACAGACUACACAUUUUGAAUUUCUGUCUUUUAAUAAUACCCUCUAUAAAAUGUCCGUGUAGAUGAGUUGGUGAAAUUAUAGUUCAGAAUUGGUUUUAGUUAAAAAUAAUUUCUUUUUAAGCACAUAAACACAGUGUGGUGAUAAGUAUAAGUAUUGGCGACUGUCAAGCCUUUGAGUCGCCGAGCAGCUGAA